CUUUUCGCGGGGUUGAAGUGAAGUCCAUCUUUGAUUUGUUGGCCGAACUUCAGAAACCUGUGAAAGAUGAGCCGCACGAAAGAGGCGAACCACACCGCUUCAAUGAACAACAGAUACAAUUUUUGAAUGAUUUGAGCAAAGGCAAGGGAACGGACAUGGACCCCUCGCGUCAACCAACUGCUCUGGCAAGAUGGCAGCAUUUAUUGGAGAUGGUGGAUGUUGACCAAUUGAGGCAUACGCACAAUCGAGUUUCCGCCAAGUUUCGGCAUGGAGAACACAACGGGCAAAGGGUGUCUGAUUUGACAAAGAAAUUGAAGAAUCACAAAGUGCAAAUUGACGAUAUCACGCCGUUGGUGUGCUUAAGGUGGAAUCAGGUUGUGUGGGUCAUUUGUGGCAAUCGUCGUUUGAAGGCCUUGCAAGACUUCGCCAAGAGCCAGCCAGGCCAGGGAAAUACGUUCCACCGUCCCAUUCGCGUGAAGUGCCUCGUCCACCCAGACCCAAAAAAAGCACCUCCGGAGCUGAUUGCCAAGUUUUUGCUGGCUUGGGAUACAACCUGCCAUGGAAUGAAAGCAUCCAUUCGUGGACGGCAGCCAUCAUCAGAACACAGGGUUCCCAGUUCUCAAGAUCCUGAUGAAGCUCUUCGUAUCUACAAUCCAAAGGCAGAGAUGUUCUGGCAAGCAAAGCCUGGCACGCCUGACUUGGAGGAUCGGCCCCGUUUCACGUCAAUCCCUGGUGAAAACGAUGAGUUCUAUGUCCGAUACUAUGUCGGCCACAAGGGAAAAUUUGGCCAUGACUUCUUGGAGUUUGAAUUCCGUCCAGACGGGCGCUUCCGCUAUGCGAACAAUCCAACCUACAAGAAUUAUGCCAUGAUCCGCAAGGAAUGUCAUGUGUCCUCAGCGGUUCUGGGUGUCCUGCGUCAGAUUAUUUUGGACAGCGAGAUCAUGAAGAAGGAUGACAACCAUUGGCUGGCGCCUGAUCGGAUUGGCCGGCAGGAGCUUGAGAUUGUAUUUGAAGGUGAGCACAUUUGGUUUUCUACAUCCAAGAUCGGAACUCUUGCAGACGUGCAGGCGUCCAAAGACCCUGAAGGGCUCAGGGUCUUUUAUUACCUUGUGCAGGACUUGAAGAGUUUUGUUUUCAGCUUGAUAGGCCUCCAUUUUCGUGCGAAGCCUUUGUAACUUCCUAAGAGAGAUUCUGCAGUGACAUAGUGUGAAGAGAACUAUUGUUCACGUUUUGAUCAGUCAGUGUAGGUAGGCUUAUGGUCCGUAUGGGGACAGACUUAUCUCUUCAUGUUUCAAAAA